AUGGCGCAGCGGUAUCAUGGACAGGACACUCGCUCCAUGAUGGUGGAUGGAGGAAUAGACCAAGAGGUGAUUGAGGAUGUUGCUGUCCAUCGUGUAACUUGUACCAACGUUAUGGGUAAUAUUGGCAACCCUGAAGUUAGAAGAGUGAACGCACUCUUCAUUAGUGUACAAACAGUCACUGUGGGAAUAUGCACGAAGCUAGUCAUCGGUCAAGAUGUUGGAGGAAGCAGGAAGCACAGAGCGUGGCCAGAGAUGAGAGGCACCUGGUUGGGGCAGCCCGGCCCGCCUGGAGGCACCUCACCUCCGUGGCAGCAGCAGGAGGACCCGGGUACCGCUCAAGUCCUCACCUCCGUGGCAGCAGCAGGAGGACCCAGGUACCGCUCAAGUCCUCACCUCCCUGGCAACAGCAGGAGGACCCAGGUAACGCUCAAGUCCUCACCUCCGUGGCAGCAGCAGGAGGACCCAGGUACCGCUCAAGUCCUCACCUCCGUGGCAGCAGCAGGAGGACCCAGGUACCGCUCAAGUCCUCACCUCCGUGGCAGCAGCAGGAGGACCCAGGUAACGCUCAAGUCCUCACCUCCGUGGCAGCAGCAGGAGGACCCAGGUACCGCUCAAGUCCUCACCUCCGUGGCAGCAGCAGGAGGACCCAGGUACCGCUCAAGUCCUCACCUCCCUGGCACCAGCAGGAGGACCCAGGUAACGCUCAAGUCCUCACCUCCGUGGCAGCAGCAGGAGGACCCAGGUACCGCUCAAGUCCUCACCUCCCUGGCAGCAGCAGGAGGACCCAGGUACCGCUCAAGUCCUCACCUCCCUGGCAGCAGCAGGAGGACCCGGGUACCGCUCAAGUCCUCACCUCCGUGGCAGCAGCAGGAGGACCCAGGUACCGCUCAAGUCCUCACCUCCCUGGCAGCAGCAGGAGGACCCAGGUACCGCUCAAGUCCUCACCUCCCUGGCAGCAGCAGGAGGACCCGGGUACCGCUCAAGUCCUCACCUCCGUGGCAGCAGCAGGACCCAGGCAGGACAAAAGAAAGUGACGUCCCCGUGAAGGCAGGACCCGGGAGGGACGUCCCCGUGAAGGCAGGACCCGGGAGGGACGUCCCCGUGAAGGCAGGACCCGGGAGGGACGUCCCCGUGAAGGCAGGACCCGGGAGUGACGUCCCCGUGAAGGCAGGACCCGGGAGUGACGUCCCCGUGAAGGCAGGACGCGGGAGUGACGUCCCCGUGAAGGCAGGACCCGGGAGUGACGUCCCCGUGAAGGCAGGACCCGGGAGUGACGUCCCCGUGAAGGCAGAACCCGAGAGUGAGGUCCCCGUGAAGGCAGAACCUGAGAGUGAGGUCCCCGUGAAGGCAGGACCCGGGAGUGACGUCCCCGUGAAGGCAGGACCCGGGAGUGACGUCCCCGUGAAGGCAGAACCCGAGAGUGAGGUCCCCGUGAAGGCAGAACCUGAGAGUGAGGUCCCCGUGAAGGCAGGACCCGGGAGUGACGUCCCCGUGAAGGCAGGACCCGGGAGUGACGUCCCCGUGAAGGCAGGACCCGGGAGUGACGUCCCCGUGAAGGCAGAACCCGAGAGUGAGGUCCCCGUGAAGGCAGAACCUGAGAGUGAGGUCCCCGUGAAGGCAGGACCCGGGAGUGACGUCCCCGUGAAGGCAGGACCCGGGAGUGACGUCCCCGUGAAGGCAGGACCCGGGAGCGACGUCCCCGUGAAGGCAGAACCCGAGAGUGAGGUCCCCGUGAAGGCAGAACCUGAGAAUGAGGUCCCCGUGAAGGCAGGACCCGGGAGUGACGUCCCCGUGAAGGCAGGACCCGGGAGUGACGUCCCCGUGAAGGCAGAACCCGAGAGUGAGGUCCCCGUGAAGGCAGAACCUGAGAGUGAGGUCCCCGUGAAGGCAGGACCCGGGAGUGACGUCCCCGUGAAGGCAGGACCCGGGAGUGACGUCCCCGUGAAGGCAGGACCCGGGAGUGACGUCCCCGUGAAGGCAGGACCCGGGAGUGACGUCCCCGUGAAGGCAGGACCACACCACUGCCACACCUACAGGACACCACUACCCCAGCCACACCUACAGGCCACACCUACCCUAGCCACACCUACAGGUCACACCUACCCCUAG